UCAAAUUAUUUAUUUACACAUCUCUUACCGGGUCACGGCAUUGCUCACCCAAAGCUGAGCGAUACUUUGCAACGAACAAGACUUCAGUUGAUUCUACGUACGCACAAUGGCCUUGAAAAGCAAAUUUCCCGAUGUUGCGAUCCCCGAGAACAUGUCGUGGCCUGAAUUUGUUUAUCAGAACUUUGACAAAUACGGCGACACAACAGCAAUCAUUGAUGGUACUUCUGGCCAUGCCUACACAUUCACACAACUUAAAACCCUCACCAAAAACUUCGCUUCAUCUCUGGUCAAAAGGGGCUUCAAAAAGGGAGAUGUUUUAGCCAUCUACCUUCCCAACGUUCCAGAAUAUCCCAUCGCUUUCUACGGCGCGGGUUUCAUUGGAGGCACGGUCACCACAGUCAACCCACUCUACACUACAGAGGAGCUGGAGCGACAACUACAGGACACCCAAUCCAGCUUUCUUGUCACAAGCCCUCUGUUCAUCGACAAGGCCAGAGCUGCGAGUAAAGCACAAGGCAAGAUAAAGAAAAUCAUUGUCAUCGGUGAUGAAGUUUCUGAAGAUUGUUUGGCGUUCUCCAAUCUCCUGGAAGACGACGGUUCCAGUUUUCCGUCACAAUGUACAGUCGACAAAGAUGACGUCGUGAGCAUGCCAUAUUCGAGUGGCACCACAGGGGUCCCCAAGGGAGUGAUGAUCACGCAUAACAACAUGAUAGCUGACACGUGCAUCAUGGAGGGUUCUGAAAUAUUUACACUCACGGAGCAGUCCGUGGUGAUGACGAUUCUUCCAUUUUUUCACAUUUACGGUCAACUCGUUAUGAUGGGUUCAGGCUUGCAUCAGGGCGCUAAGCUUGUAGUCCAGCAACGAUUUGAGCCGGAAAAGUUCUUGAAAGCCAUGCAAGAUCACAAGGUAACAAAUGCUCCGAUUGUUCCUCCUAUUGUUCUAUUCCUGGCCAAGCAUCCGUUAGUUGACAAAUAUGAUUUAUCGAGCGUUGAAGAAGUGACGUGUGGAGCUGCACCAAUGGGAGAGGGACUCGAGGAGGCUCUGAUAAAAAGAAUGCCCCGAGUGAAACGCAUCAGACAAGGUUAUGGCAUGACAGAAGUGCUUGUUACGCAUGUGCAACCCAGGGGAGAAAGAAAACCUGGCAGCGUUGGUGUCCUAUUGUCUAACGUGGAAAGUAAGAUUGUAGAUGUAACAACUGGUGCCAUGUUGGGUCCACAUCAGGACGGAGAGAUUUGUAUCAAGGCGCCCACAGUUAUGAAAGGUUAUCUGAAUAACCCCGAAGCCACCGCGCGUAUGAUCGAUAGCGAAGGAUGGGCACGUACGGGAGAUAUUGGACAUUACGAUGAAGAUGGACAUUUUUUCAUAGUUGACAGGCUAAAAGAACUCAUCAAAUACAACGCUUAUCAGGUCGCCCCGGCUGAGCUCGAAGCGUUGCUGAUUUCUCAUCUGAACAUCGAUGACGCUGCCGUGAUUGGUGUCCCGGAUGAGAAGAGCGGCGAGUUGCCGAAAGCGUUUGUGGUCCCCAAGGGAGAAAUCAGCCCAGAAGACGUUGUUGACUUUGUAGCGGAGAGAGUUGCGCCUCACAAGAAACUGAGAGGCGGCGUGGAAUUUGUUGACAAGAUUCCGAAGUCAGCAAGUGGCAAGAUUUUACGGAAGGACUUAAGAAAAAGAGAACUUGAGCGUACUAAGCAGUCGUAGAGAAUGUUUCAUUGGAUUUAAGCCCAUUGUAUGCACAAAUAGAUGGAAUGAGUGAAAUAAAUAGGACUGGUUUCUUAUGUUUUCUGCGAAUCUAUUUUAGCCUUAACUAUAGCCUAUUUAUUUUGCUCUAUUUGCAGUCGUUUCCAGAGUGUGGUUCUCAUCCGGCCCCCCUUCUGGAAUCACAACACCCCUAGAAAUCGAGCGUUAAUUACCUAACCUCGAGUCCCUACAAUUAAUUACCUUAAUUUCCCACAAGACCUGUUCCACAUGGUUCCGGCACGGAGUCGGACCGGACCAGGGGCUUGUUUCUCGAAGGUCCCGAAAGGUUUUCGCGCCCGGAAAGCCACAGCAAAAUCUCAAACCUUAUGAUAUACAGAGCUGUUUAAUUCGCAUAUUCUUAACAUAAACAGAGGUUCUCUUCAUACAA